AUGCUUAAUGCUGCGUCAUUGUCGGGAUUGGAAACCUUCAGACUUGCUAGAGCCUUUUAUCGCUUCGACCUUUUCGCUCAUCUUUCGUCCCACCCUAGAGAUAGCAAGGUCUUAGAAACCACCAUGCACCUCCAUGUCUUAGCUAUCCACAUCGGACACACAUGUCUUCUGGAUUCGCUCAAUGACUGGGAAUUGGAGGAAUUCUUGUGCGUACACAAGUACGUGACCGAAAAAGGAUUUGAAUUUCUUGACCGGGUAGAAGAUGAUGUCCUAGCAGAAUGUAUCAGCAACGGGCUCACCGCAGGAUCCGACACUUCCCCUAUCACAGACUGGGCAAACGCUCAUCCCGAGUUCUCGCAAGCAGACUCACCACACAUCAAUUUCUUGGACAGCCUGUUAACACGAGGCUUGAAGUACGUGCGUGAAGCAUUAGCCCAGGACACCCCAGAAAGCAGACGUCGUUACCACACGGAAAACCUGAAAUACAUUCCUUCACCAGAAGUUUACAAAUUAGUCGACAUCAUCGAAAAACUCCCUCGAUUCUCCACCUUCUCCGAAACCGAGCUCGCCGCUUAUCACAAAGCCAACAAACCCGCCAUCGAAGACACCCAAACAUCCAACCCCGGCUUCUGGACAGCACUAAAAUACUACCGCGAUCACCAACCUAUACCCGGGCGGCACAACUUCUACCACUUCCAAAACCUCCGACAAUGGGGCUACGCAAUCUGGAGUCAGGAGACGUUAGAUCGCCACCGGCUCCCUGAUGACGGGUCAAGUAUGUUCCUGUAUAAUUCGGGGAAGCAGCCCAUGAUAGCGUAUGCUUGUUAUCAACAUACGAUCUUGAAUGACGUGGGCCUUUUGAACUUCUCUGCCGGGGAUGUGGUGCAUUCGACGUGGAGGAGGGGUGGGAACACCGUGGAGGGGCAGUUGGAGUCUAUGUGGAAUAGGGAGAAUGGUGAACGUAUGGAAGCAUCGUGA